URAACCAUGUCCCACCCRUCCUGGCUGCCACCCAAGAGCACCAACGAGCCUGUUGGCCACGUUACUGCGAGGAUGGAGACCACACACACCUUUGGGACUCCCAGCAUCUCCGUGUCCACCCAGCAGACCCCGAAGAAGUUUGCGCCUGUGGUUGCCCCCAAACCAAAGUACAACCCAUACAAGCAACCAGGAGGUGAUGGGGACUUCCUUCCUCCCCCRCCCCCUCCUGUGGAUGACCUCGGCAGCAUCACAUCACCACAAGGUGCCUUUCCCCCGCCACCCCCUCUGGAUGAUGUCGCUUACAAUGUGCAGGUGAAUCCCAGUGGCAAGACGCUGGAGGAGAGGCGGUCCAGUUUGGACGCGGAGAUCGACUCUCUGACCAGCAUCCUGGCYGACCUGGAGAGCAGCUCUCCCUACAAACCUCGCACUCAACAGGCCUCCGGGACCUCGAGCAGCUCGGCCGCCACCACCCCAUCCGUGUCCACYCCUGUCACGGGCCACAAGCGGAUGAUCAUCCCCAACCAGCCUCCCCUCACCGCCACCAAGAAGUCCAGUGCCAAGGGCCCGGGGCAGCCGGCGCCCAUCCCGGUCACUCCGGUGGGCACCCUGAAGCCGCAGCCGGUGCCGGCCUCCUACGCCACGGCCUCCACGCCGAGCCGCCCGGCCUUCAACGUGCAGGUGAGGACGGCGCAGCCCAGCCCUCACUACCAACCGCCCGGCCCUCAGCCUGGCCACUACGGCAGCCUGGGCCCCGGCCAGCCCUACGCCGCCGCGCCGUCCCGCCAGCCCGCUGCCCCUCAGUACGGGGUGCCGCAGCCCCACGGGCCCGACUAYGGCUAUGGCCCCCCGGCCGGCCGGCCCGCCGAGCCCGCCUACGGGUACGCGCCUCCGCAGGGCCGCUACCAGGAGCCCUACUACAGCGGCUACGGCGGCAGGAACGGCUCCGAAGCGCCCUACGUGCCGCAGAGCUCCUGGAAGGCCGAGCCGGCGUAUCCUGCCAGCAAUGCCAUGGGCCAGGCUCCCCCUGGGCUCUACCAGCCGCCGGGCACGAAGAAGACCUACAUCACCGACCCGGUGCUGGCCCCGCAGCCACCCGCCAUGCAGCAGAAGAGUGGGUAUCCAAGCUCUGGACCUGCAUCAAGCACUCCUGCCUUCMGGCCUGAGGAUGAGCUGGAACAUCUGACCAAGAAAAUGCUGUAUGACAUGGAGAAUCCUCCCUCUGAUGACUACUUUGGACGCUGUGCCCGCUGCGGGGAGAAUGUUGUUGGAGAAGGCACUGGUUGCACAGCCAUGGACCAAGUCUUCCAYGUCAAGUGUUUCACCUGCAUAACGUGCAAAAGCAAGCUGAGGGGACAGCCUUUCUAUGCUGUGGAGAAGAAAGCCUACUGUGAACCCUGCUACAUUAAUACACUGGAGCAGUGCAGUGUCUGCGCAAAGCCCAUCAUGGAAAGGAUCCUCCGAGCCACUGGGAAGGCCUACCAUCCCCACUGCUUCACCUGUGUGAUGUGCCAUCGCAGCCUGGAUGGGAUCCCCUUCACUGUGGAUGCUGGUGGCAACAUCCACUGCAUUGAGGAUUUCCAUAAGAAAUUUGCCCCGAGGUGUUCUGUGUGUAAGGAGCCCAUCAUGCCAGCCCCAGGGCAGGAGGAGACCGUGCGCAUUGUUGCUCUGGAUCGUGAUUUCCAUGUGCAGUGCUACCGGUGCGAGGACUGUGGUGGCCUCCUGUCUGAAGGGGACAAUCAGGGCUGUUACCCUCUGGAUGGGCACAUCCUCUGCAAGACCUGCAACUCUGCUCGGAUCCAGGCUCUGACUGCCAAGGCCAGCACUGAUCUCUGAGUAUCAACUGUGACCCUCCCCAGGAUGCCCAUUGGGGGAUAUUGCACAAGCUUUGCAUGAUUUCUUUCCAGCCUAGGGUCUGAAUCUCUGUUACUGAAGAAAAGAAAAAAAAAAAAAAAAAAAAAAAAGUAAAACUGGAAGGCCUUGGAACAAGAGGGCAGUUUGAGAGGCCGUGUUCAGACUGCCCAUGACAGGCACCUAAUUUAGAUAGAGCUGUUCAGGAGGGCAGUGAGUGGGUCAGAGCAGCUGCUCUGUCUGCAGCUCGUGGAGGUAAGGGUCACAGCACCUAAGUUAUCUGCCUGUAGAAGGAGGUCUGAACAUGGUCCUAACUAUGCUUCUGUGUUUGAUUCCUGUUUCUUGAGAAGUACACAAAGGUAGAGGGUUGAAAGAUGGCUGAGCUAAUUAUUUCUCCCAAAUUAUUUUGAGAAUCUGACCAGCUCUUUCUGAAGUCAUCGGGAGCUUCCCUUUGGCUUUAGUGGUAUCUGUGUCACCAACAGAAGUAGCUCCACUGCCCUAGAAGGUGUGAGAGCAGACCCAGCAUUAACACAAACAAUGGACCUGCAACUGUACUGCACCUCAGUGGAGGUGUGACCUUGUAUCCUUGGGACACAGAAUUGUUAUUUCUUAGGCCCUUACUUGUCUCCAUUCCCUUCCAGUUCAAUAGAGUUUUUUCUUUUACUCAUGAAAGUCUACUUAGCUAUUGCAUAAAUUUAUUCUGUAGUGAUGCUUCCAAUUCACAAUGUAUGAGUAAUCACAGAAAGAUGUGAGCUUGCACACACUGUACACUACACACACACACUACACACUACACACACAAAAUGUGCUUUUGAUUUACCAGAAGUAUAAGCCAGUCAUGUCCAUUGGGAAGAUCUUUAAGGGGCGUGGGUCUGGAAACACAUUUCUGAAAUCCCAGUGGUUAAAAAAAGAUAAAAAUUACUUUGUAGAACUGCAGUGCAAAGUGAUGCUCAGAAAUAUCUUACGCCACUCUCUCAUACAGCCCAUUCUAGGGGAGCUCUAGUGCUAUCUAUCUAUCUCUAGGUAGAUAUUUAAACAAUAAAGUCUUGUUCCAUCUCUGAUUGGAAUGGGAGGAUUUUCCUUCAACAGUAACAGGGAUUGGAUCAGGCUUUGGGAUGAUGCACCUUUCUGUGAUGUUAACACACGUGACCUGUAGUUUUCAUUUAAAAAAAUCGAUCUUGUUUCAACAACAGC